ACAGCUGAUGAGUCCCUUCAGCCAAACAUUCGACCUUUGGAUUUUGGAUCUAGCUUAAAUUUGAAUUUGCUGCACAACUAACCGUGCGGUCACAACAUGAAUAUGGAUCGAUUGGUGCAACUGAACAACCAGGCUGGCGGUCGGGAUAAGAUCGCUCGACUCGUCCAGUAUGCCUCGCGGGCCAUGUGGGAUUCGCUGGAGUCCGCCAAUUCCAGCCCAGCGCUGGUGGACAACUUCAAGACGAUCGAAUACAUCCUGAGCACCUUCCGGAAGUUGCUCCGCUUCGGCAAGUGCGUCGAUGUGUUCUACGGCACCCUGAAGACACUCCAUCAUCCGGAUCUCACCAUUCGAGUUACGCUCACCCUGAGCAAGCUGUCCCAGUCGCUGUUCCUCUUCGCCGACCACUUCCUCUGGCUGGCCAGGACAGGAUUGACGGCGGUGAACGCAAAACGUUGGUCCACCAUCGCCAACAAGUACUGGCUCUUCUCGAUCAUAAUGAACCUGUGCCGGGAUUUCUACGAGAUCCUGAGGGUUCUGGACCUGCAUCGAUCCGGCUGCAAGGGCGGAAUCUCCCGCUGCCGCAUUCCCACGAGCAUCAACUCGUCGGAGGACUUCAAGCGCAUGGCCCUGCAGUCCUACGUGCUCGUACAGGGACACAAGGACAUUGUGGUGGACACGGUGAAGAAUGUGUGCGACUUCUUCAUUCCCCUGACCGCCCUGGGCUACACGAGUCUCACGCCCCGGACAAUUGGACUCCUGGGGGCGAUAUCAUCGCUGGCCGGACUCUGGGCCCUGCUGGAGCCCAAGGCCAAGCUAACGCCUGCAUAACAACUGAUAUUGAAAACUUUGUAGAUAGGGCCCCAUAUUUCCUUGUAUCUAUUUUAAUUGUUAUACUUGUAUUUGUGCUCGGAUUAAGUUGAAAGAUAAACGAACGAUUUUACGAAA